AUGGACUGCACCUUAGCCUUUGCAACCACCAAUACCAAUAUCGAUCGCUCUUCACUUCUUGCCUUAAAAUCUCAUAUCACAUUUGAUCCUCUCAAUUUACUGAGAGAGAAUUGGACUACCGAAACAUCUGUUUGUAACUGGAUAGGAAUUACAUGUGAUCCUAUCAAUAACCGUGUCACCAAGUUGAAUAUUUCUAAUAUGCAGCUCGUAGGCACCAUUCCACAUGAAAUCGGAAAUCUUUCUUCUCUGGUUUUACUAGAUAUGAAUGAGAACUCCUUCCACGGUCCGAUUCCGGCCUCCAUCUUCAACAUCUCAUCCAUACAAGUAAUAACUUUGAGAGGUAAUGCUUUGUCAAGUGAGCUACCAAUCGACAUGUGCAAGCACAGUCUUCACAACCUCAAAUUACUUCGUAUAUCUUCCACUAAGCUGUAUGGAGAAAUACCAUCGAGCUUGGGCCUAUGUUCAAACCUUGAGCUACUUUCCUUGUACAACAAUAGCCAUGAUGGAGUGGUGCCAAAACAUAUUGGAAACUUGACGCUGCUCACUCGAUUAUUCCUUGGGCUCAACAGUUUAACUGGUGAUAUUCCAAAAGAGAUUGGUCAUCUUCACCUGUUAAAUUCAUUGUGGAUGGAAUCUAACAAAUUUACAGGACCAGUACCUCAAGAUAUUUGUAAUAUUCCCAAAGAGAUUGGUUAUCUUAAUAAUUUAGAGAUGUUAAACAUGGCAUCCACUGGACUUGAUGGAUCAAUUCCAAAAGAAAUUGGAAACAUGACAUCCCUUCAGUAUAUAUACCUUGACAACAAUGCAUUAAGUGGUGCUAUUCCACAAGAGAUUGUCCAGCUUGAUAAUUUACUAGUGUUGUCCAUUGAUUCCAACAAGUUGACGGGCACUUUACCGUCGACUUUUUCUAACAUGUCUUCAGUGAAUUAUAUUUCAUUAAGUCAUAACAUGCUUAAUGGGACACUGCCAAAAGAAAUUGGCAACAUGAAAGCACUCCAAGAGUUAUACCUCAUUAACAAUAGUUUAACCGGUAUCAUUCCUGGAGAGUUGUUCACUUUUAAAAUUAGGAAUAUUGAUCUCUCCAAUAACCAUUUUGAAGGCUUCGUACCUUCCACCAUUGAAACAUCCCAUAACUUAACUUAUCUCCACUUGGCAAAUAACAGACUCUCGGGCUUUAUACCUUCCACCUUUGGAAAUCUCAUCAACCUAACAACCCUAAUGCUCUACUCCAACAACUUCAUUGGAGAGAUUCCCUCAUCCAUUUGCAAAUUGAGAUCCCUCCAAUUCCUCCAUCUAUCAGACAACAGUCUGCACGGCCCAAUACCAAAGUGUUUAGGAGAGCUGAGUAAAUCCUUGCAGGUUCUGCAUUUGAAGGGAAAUAAAUUUCAGGGCCUCAUUCCUCCAUCCUUUCCUCAGGGCUGCGCUCUCGAGUCUCUGAACCUCAACAGCAAUAACCUAAAAGGAACACUUCCACAAACCCUAGGAAAUUGUGGGAAGCUGCAAGUUCUUGAUGUCGGAAGCAAUGCGAUACAAGAUGGUUUUCCCUUUUGGAUGGAAGAUCUCGUUGAUCUCCGAGUCCUUGUUUUGAGAGAUAACAGAUUCAACGGUAGGAUGCUUCUACCCAUUGCUUAUGGUGAGAUAAGUAGUGAUGCUCCAUUUGUGAAGUUGCAAGUGUUUGAUAUAUCUCAGAAUGAAUUCAGUGGACCCCUUCCAACUAGAUAUUUAACCACCUUCCCAGCCAUGAUGAAUGCCAAGGAAGAUUUUUCAGAAGAGAGUAACUGUUGA